UUUCUGCUUAUAUAAUUUAACGCAAGUCUACGCACAUUUGCAAGCAUUACGUUUAAGUUUAAUAUUAGAUGUGACCGUUAUUCGAACAUUUUUUGCCGGAUGUUUUGUUGUUGUGUGUCGGUGUUUCACUGGCAAUGUAGCCACCAGCCACCAUUAGUGGGUCUUCCAAUAGGAAAAAGCGCCAACUGCUUUUUCUACACCGUCUGAAUCGUCAAACAAGUAAAUGGCUCAAAAACUGGAUAUUUCGUGAAAUAUAUGAAACUUCAAAGUGGAUUAACUCAUUCAGGUACCGGAAAAAGGAUGCCAGGUCUGCAGGGGGAAAAUGUUGUGGCUGCGCUAGGGAGCCCCAUCAAGAGGAGUAAACUGUCUCUGAAGUUCCUCCAGAAGAAAGAAACCAAACGGGCUCUGGAUUUCUCUGAACCUCAAGCAGAUGAACCCAAAGCAGAUGAACAAGAGGAGCCUGAGGCAAGCAGCUGCGAUCAGGUGGUCCCUGGUCCUUCUCCAUGUCCAACCUCACCUGGCCUUCUGCUCCCAUCUGAGAAGAGAGAGACCUUGGUGCCAUUUGUGGGGCUCAACAACUUGGGCAACACCUGCUAUUUGAACAGCAUCUUACAGGUGCUGUACUACUGCCCAGGGCUCAGAGACGGUGUUAAGAAACUGUACAACCUGUCUAAAAGAAAAGACAAACCAAAGGAAGAAACUGAUAAAAGCGAAGAGCAGUCAGAAGUUGUGGCUGAAGAUGUGUCUGCUCAAAUUGAGCUCCUUGGGAGCUUCAGCGGUCUGAUAGCAUCAGUGGAGCAGCUGCAGUCCAGCUUUCUGUUAAACCCCGACAGCUUCAGUGAUGGAGAACUCGCCACUCCGCCUCGAAAAAUACUCCACACACUCAGGCAGCUGAACCCCAUGUAUGAGGGCUAUCUUCAGCAUGACGCCCAGGAGGUGCUGCAGUGCAUCCUGGGAAAUAUCCAGGAGGCUUGUGUCACCAUCAGAAAGGAGUUGGAUCGGGAGGAUGCCGACGAGACUGAGGUUAAACUUGAGGCUGGUGUCCAUUUGGGUUCAAGCAGCCCUGCGACAGAAUCCAAAACUCCCCCAGAAGAGGACGGCCAAGUCAGUGGCAAGAGAAAGAGUGACACUGAAGUGGGAAAUGCUAAAAAGAAGCCAAAAUCUGUCAAGUCUGAUGAAGAGGAUAAUAGACCCUUCACACGCUCCAAAAGGAAGUCCUCCAGUGACAUCACAAUGGACAGCACCCGGGACAAAGAUAAAGAGAAGGCGGAGAAUGAAGGGAUGAAGAAACUGAAUGGGGAGGAGGACAAAGGGAGUGACAGUGAAGGGAAAGGUGAACAUGCACCUAAAGAGUCUGAUGGGAAAAGAAAGAAGAGAUCUAAGCUGAGCUGGCUGAGGCCUUCUGGGAAACAGCCGAGUAUUUUCUCCAAGUUCCUCAGCGUGGGGAAGAUCAGCUCCGCGAGUGUGAAGAACCAAAACAAACCAGAGCAGGAGAAUGGACUGAGCGACGACCAAAGUCCGAAGGAGAAGACCAGUGUGGAGAGUUCACCACACAACGUGGCUGAAGACAAGAAGGCAGGAAAACUUCACGAGGGCCUGGACCUGAUGGAGCACUUGUUCCAGGGCCGGCUGGUUCUUAGGACUCGCUGUCUGGAGUGCGAGAGCUUCACAGAGAGGAGAGAAGACUUCCAGGACAUCAGCGUCCCAGUGCUCGAUGACGAACCCAGCAGCCCAGACGACCUUUCUGAUGUCUCUCCUGAUCCCAAACCAGAGGUGAAGACACUGAAAUGGGCCAUCGCCCAGUUUGCUUCAGUGGAGCGCAUCGUUGGGGAGGACAAAUACUUCUGCGAGACGUGUCACCAUUACACCGAGGCUGAGAGAAGUCUGCUGUUUGACAAAACUCCUGAAGUGAUCACCAUUCACCUGAAGCGCUUCUCUGCCAACAGUCUGGACCUGGACCCAUAUGCAGGUCUGUCCAAAGUGAACACUCCCUUGCAAACCCCGCUGACCUUGUCUCUGGAGGAGUGGUGCACCCGGCCCUCGUCCACCGAUGGCCAACGCUAUCAGCUGUUUGCCGUGGUCAUGCAUAGUGGUGUCACCAUCAGCAGCGGCCACUACACCGCCUUCGUCCGCAUGUCUGAUCUGAAAGAAGCGAAGCUCCUGCUGCAGGACAGAAAAGAAACCGAGGAAGAGGAGAGGGAGAGUAAAGAGGAAACGCGGGUGAAAGACAAAGCCCUGGACUACGAUGAUGGGGAGGUGUCUUUCAGCCUGAAUGCGAGGGGUCAGAGGGGCGCAAGUUUGGCUAGCAGCAAAACACGAGGAAAGAAGCUGUCGGAGGGCGGGGUUGGACUCCUGGGGGGCCAGAGGAGUCUGUCUAGCUGUGCGCUUGGCAGCAGCAAACGCACGGAAAAAGCCGCCAGCAGUGGAUCAACCGAGGGAUCCAAACGGAGGAAACCCGUCAACCGCACGGGCCAAAACACUGAAGCAGGACUAAACAAGGAGGCUAGGGUAGGAGAGGAGGAAUUAACUCCUUCCCGUGGCGGCGUGGAGGCCACCGAGCAGCAGGCUUUGAACAGCCUCCUUGAAUAUGAGGGCAAAUGGCUGCUGUUUGAUGACUCGGAGGUGCGUUUGUUUGAGGAAGAGGAUUUCCUGCAAGCCUGCUCUCCUGAGACGUCCUCGUCAUCGACGCCGUACCUGCUGUUCUACAGAAGGAUGCCCGAACGCGGACGCUAACGUGAACACUGUGCACGCUGUUGACUGACUGGGGGUGUUGUUGUGCCAGACUGCUCUUUGGCAGCUGGACACCCAGACAGUCUAUUUGCAAUACUAGAACGACUGCCAAGAAUACUGUGGCAGUGAUAUUAGCAACUGGACUGAAGAGACCUUUCACAGAGCAAACAGUCUGGUCUCCGUGUGGGACCAAGGCUGUUUAGAGCUGUUAGUGGACUCUCACCUCAGUCUGUCUGUUAAUUUAGGUUCAAAGUCAUAUUUUAGAAAUACUCCCGACAACUUUCUACGUACUGGGAUUACUUCACCUUUUGAGAGGAUUUUUCUUUUUUUAUGUGACCCUUGCCUUUUGUAAACUUUAAGUACAGUGAGCUGCCUUUUUCCUGUCUGUACUAAUAUUUCUUGGACACUGGCUUUGAUACUUUCUCUGUCAUCUACACAUGUCACGU